GCGGAAGUCGUGUCGGUGGGGGAAAGGGGCCAAAGAAGGUGGCGGUGCCCGGAGGCAAGAUGUCGGCCGCAGCCUCGGCCGGAGGGGAGAACUACGGCGGCGCAGCGGGGUCAGCGCCGUUGGCGGGAGCGGGAAGCUGUGGGACCGCGCUCGGCGCUGAGGAGCCUUUGGGAGACCCGCGCUAAAGGAGGCCGACCGCCGCCAUGCACGUCGUUAAGCGGGAUGGACGCCAGGAGCGUGUCAUGUUUGACAAGAUCACAUCACGUAUCCAGAAGCUCUGCUACGGGCUCAACGCCGACUUUGUCGAUCCCGCACAGAUCACCAUGAAGGUGAUUCAGGGGCUGUACAGCGGUGUCACCACGGUGGAGCUGGACACUCUGGCUGCGGAGACGGCGGCCACCCUGACCACCAAGCACCCCGACUACGCCAUCCUGGCGGCCAGGAUCGCCGUCUCCAACCUGCACAAAGAAACCAAGAAGGUCUUCAGUGAUGUGAUGGACGAUCUCUACAACUACGUAAACCCUCACAACGGGAAGCAUUCGCCAAUGAUCUCCAAAGAAACUCUAGACAUAGUCCUGGCCAACAAAGAUCGGCUGAAUUCUGCCAUUAUCUAUGACAGAGACUUCUCCUACAACUAUUUUGGUUUUAAGACUCUAGAACGCUCCUACUUGCUGAAAAUCAACUCAAAAGUUGCUGAGCGUCCCCAGCACAUGCUGAUGAGGGUGUCGGUGGGGAUCCACAAGAACGACAUCGACGCUGCCAUCGAAACCUACAAUCUCCUGUCCGAGCGGUGGUUCACCCACGCCUCCCCCACGCUCUUCAACGCCGGCACCAACCGCCCUCAGCUCUCCAGCUGUUUCCUGCUGUGCAUGAAGGAUGACAGCAUCGAGGGCAUCUAUGACACUCUCAAGCAGUGUGCUCUCAUCUCCAAAUCUGCUGGUGGGAUCGGCGUCGCCGUGAGCUGUAUCCGAGCCACGGGCAGCUACAUUGCUGGGACGAAUGGAAAUUCCAACGGGCUCGUUCCGAUGCUGAGGGUCUACAACAACACUGCCCGUUACGUGGAUCAAGGAGGGAACAAGAGACCUGGGGCUUUUGCCAUCUACCUGGAGCCGUGGCACUUGGACAUCUUUGAGUUUCUUGACCUAAAGAAGAACACUGGGAAAGAGGAGCAGCGAGCCAGGGACCUCUUCUUUGCCCUCUGGAUUCCUGAUCUCUUCAUGAAGCGAGUUGAAACCAACCAGGACUGGUCCCUAAUGUGUCCCAAUGAGUGUCCUGGCCUGGAUGAGGUUUGGGGAGAGGAAUUUGAGAAACUGUACGAAAGUUACGAGAAGCAAGGCCGUGUCCGCAGGGUGGUGAAGGCCCAGCAGCUCUGGUACGCCAUCAUCGAGUCGCAGACGGAGACCGGCACGCCCUACAUGCUCUACAAAGACUCCUGCAACCGAAAGAGCAACCAGCAGAACUUGGGGACCAUCAAAUGCAGCAACCUGUGUACAGAAAUAGUGGAGUACACCAGCAAAGAUGAGGUUGCGGUUUGUAAUUUGGCCUCCAUAGCCCUGAACAUGUACGUCACCUCGGAGCACACCUACGAUUUCCAGAAGCUGGCUGAGGUCACCAAAGUUAUUGUCCGAAACCUGAACAAAAUCAUUGACAUCAACUACUACCCCGUGCCAGAGGCUGAGCGCUCCAACAGACGCCACCGUCCCAUCGGCAUCGGGGUGCAGGGCCUGGCAGAUGCCUUCAUCCUGAUGCGUUACCCCUUCGAGAGCCCCGAGGCCCAGCGCUUGAACCAGCAGAUUUUCGAGACCAUUUAUUACGGGGCUCUGGAAGCCAGCUGUGAACUUGCCAAAGAGCAGGGGCCGUACGAAACCUACGAGGGUUCCCCUGUGAGCAAAGGAAUUCUUCAGUACGACAUGUGGAAUGUCACCCCCUCUGACCUCUGGGACUGGAAGGCUUUAAAGGAGAAGAUUGCGAGGUACGGUGUCAGAAACAGCCUGCUCCUCUCUCCCAUGCCAACAGCUUCUACCGCCCAGAUCUUGGGCAACAACGAAUCCAUCGAGCCCUACACCAGUAACAUCUACACCCGCAGGGUCCUCUCAGGAGAGUUCCAGGUUGUGAAUCCACACUUGCUGAAAGAUCUGACAGAGAGGGGCCUGUGGAACGAGGAGAUGAAAAACCAAAUCAUCGCCCACAACGGCUCCAUCCAGAACAUACCUGAGAUCCCCGAUGACUUGAAGCAGCUCUACAAGACGGUGUGGGAGAUCUCCCAGAAGACUGUCCUCAAGAUGGCAGCGGACAGAGGCGCUUUCAUCGACCAGAGCCAGUCUCUCAACAUCCACAUCGCGGAGCCCAACUACGGCAAACUCACCAGCAUGCACUUCUACGGCUGGAAGCAGGGCCUGAAGACCGGGAUGUAUUAUCUACGGACAAAACCAGCGGCCAACCCCAUCCAGUUCACCCUCAACAAGGAGAAGCUCCGGGAGCGGGAGAAGGCCUCCAAAGAAGAGGAAGAGAAGGAGAGGAACAAAGCAGCCAUGGUGUGCUCCCUGGAGAACCGAGAUGAGUGUCUGAUGUGCGGCUCCUAACGGACCUGCUCUGCGGUGCCAGCAAAGCCCUUCCACCCUGCUGGAGUCCUGCUAUAACGAGUAUAACCCUUAUAUAAAGUUAUAACUGGUGUAACUUCAGGAUGCAGAGGCUUUGCUGGGGCUGGGGCAGGGGGGGUGAUGACAGUAGUGUGUUGUAGCUUCCCCACCCGGCUGGGGGUUGGUGCACAGGUAUGAGUUAGGGUGCAGGAGAGGGUUGUAUAUUGCUUUAGUAGCUGGGCUUCCCCAAAACUCAAGUGCUCUUGCAUGGUCUUAGAUUGAACCCCACGGGCAGGACUUCUCCUGAACAGACAGGGAAAGUGCUAACACCACUUACCUUAAACAUCUGGCCAGGGGAGAUUUCAGGCAGUUCUUUUCAUUUGCUAAAGACUGUUACUUGUGUCUUCAGAGAAAAAGGCAAAUCUGACUGAUACCUUCUCCUUUGCUGUGAUGAGACAGCAGGGAAACAUCCCCAGGCUGGGUGUGCUCUGCUCUUGCUGUGCUGUCUCUCAGGGCAAAGGAAUAAUUUCUGUUAAACUUAAAAAGCUGGAGUGUGCACAUCUGGUGGUGAGACCUUCUCCCACUGUUGCUUCCUCUCCUUGGUCCCUCUUCCCUGUCUAAAAAGCUUUUGGAAGGUGCAGGCUGGUGGUAGGUGUGUUGCUACCUGAAGAGUUCAUCUCCUCCCAGCCUCACAGGGCAAACACUGCACUUGGAAAAUGUUCCCUUUCUGGUUCUGACCAGGAAAUGGCAGAACUGCUGCGGUGCAUUUUUUUUUCUCUAUUAAAAACCCACUCUAAUUUAUCAGUCAGUUUGCUGGCCAUGGGCUUCCGAGCUGUCCUUGGCCAGAAAGCCCUCUGAAGUGCACACACCAUCUCUAUUUUUUUUUUUUUUCGAGUUGCAUUUAUCCACCCCAGCUAGUUAAUGUCAUCUUUAAAAAAAACGUACAUUUUUACUUAUCCAUGUGCUUAACUCCCUGCUCGAACGCGAUGGGGCUUCAUCAUCCAGUUCUUAAAUAUUUAUUGAAUUCAUGUACCAUACAACUAACCCUUUCAUCCAGCCGGACUCAAUAAAAUGUGGAAUGUCAAAAGAAUGAGCAAGCGGUAGCUCGGGAAGGCUUUUUUUUGAUUAAAAAGUGAAUUGUGGCA